AUGAAAAGCUUGCCUCUGGGCGAUUAGCUUUUCUGAAAUCAAACGACUUCCCAUUGUGUGUUUGUUCCACAACCCUAAGAAUGAAAGUUACGAUCACAAACGGGAUGGUCGGUUAAUUAAGCCAAACGUGGUGGGAUGGCGAUUCACCCCUUAAGAUGUUUCUGAAAAUUUUUCCUUAAAUCAUAAGGCAAAUGGGGAAGAACGGCCGGUUAAUUAAAUCGGCGGCUCAGUCUUUGAGGAAUACUAGCUGCUCAUUAAGCAGACAGUCGGUCCUAUUUAGGCUUCUUCACCUGAACUCUUUAAUUCCUUUAAGAGGACGCGUUCGAGAGUUCUGAUUUGUCUAUUUCCUAUUGGCCUAUGCCGUUCACUUUCGCACUGUUUCUAUUUUGUCUGUCACGCAGCGCGGCCCGCACACGAGUCCCCGCGGCGAUGCAGGGAAGACUCCGCGGAUUAAAACGAAGCACAUGAUAGGGCGUCCCGUGAUUUAGGCUGCUUGUGCCGCCAAGCCAGGACUGCGACUAAAUGUUUCUUUUCUCUUCGGGCAGCGUGCUCGCAGGAUGGCGUCGCCACGGCUCGAGACCUUCUGCUGCCCCAAUAGAGACGACGCGACCGCCUUCGUCGUGGGCUUCCAGCCGCGCUUCUUCAAUGCCAUCUGCAUCGGCAGCGCCGCCGUGAGUCUGCUGCUCACCAUCCUGCAAAUCGCGCCCAAGCGGCGCAGUUACCGGCGGCUCAGCCAGUACCCGCUGCAGAAGCCCGCCUCCUCCUCCAGGAUCCUGUUCAUCGUCAGCUUGUGCGACAUCCUGGGCUGCUUAGGUAUCCUCAUCAGAUCUACAGUGUGGCUUGGCUCUCCAAGCUUCAUUUCUAAAAUAUCUGUUCUUAACACCACAGAAGUAUGGCCUGCAGCUUUCUGUGUUGGAAGUUCGAUGUGGAUCCAGCUGUUUUAUAGUGCUUCAUUUUGGUGGGCCUUUUGCUAUGGAAUUGAUGUGUACCUGGUGGUUAAAAGAUCAGCAGGACUAAGUACAAUUGUAUUAUACCACAUGAUAACAUGGGGGCUGGCAGUUCUACUAUGUGUAGAAGGAGUGGCUAUGCUCUACUACCCAACGAUUUCAAGCUGUGAAAAUGGACUGGAACAUGCUGUACCUCACUACAUCACCACCUACGUUCCACUUCUACUUGUUUUGCUAAUUAAUCCAGUUUUGUUUGGAAGGACCGUAGCCACUGUUACCUCAUUAUUGAAAGGAAGGCAAGGAAUCUACACAGAAAAUGAGAGGCGACUGGGAAUGGAAAUUAAAAUUAAGUUUUUCAAGAUAAUGCUUGUUUUCUUUAUUUGUUGGCUUCCAAAUCUUAUCAACGAGAGUAUUUUAUUCUACCUAGAGAUGCAGGAAGACUUUAAAGGGAGCCAUCUUAAAAACGCCAGGAAUGCAGCUUUGAUCACAUGGUUCAUAAUGGGAAUUUUGAAUCCAAUGCAAGGCUUUCUGAAUACACUUGCUUUCUAUGGCUGGACGGGUUUUAAUAUUGAUUUCAGUAUCCAAAGUUCAAGGGAGAUCCCUUGGGAGUCUGCUUCAACGUCUGCGGUACCAGCAGAUGGCUACAAUCCUACUAUGUCCUCCUCACUUAACUACCAGGGAUGCACGCCUGACAAGAAAAAAGGUCUAAGUGGAAACGGCUAUCACCGAGCAGAUACCAUUAGUGUCCUCUCUGAAGGUUCAGAUUCAAGUGCAGUUGAAAUCCACAUCUCCAGUGACCUUCGAGGCUCUGAAGGGACAGACGCUGAUAACGAGUCCGUGGAAACUUCUGAAAAAGAUCGUCUGGUGAGAUAAGAAGAAAUGCUGUGUAUGCAGACGUUCACCUUAUAAAUAUUACUACAUGCUUAUGCUGUGUACCAAAUGUUAACAUUUUACGGAUUCUCCCCCCAAAUAUGUCACGCAUUUAAUCCCCAUAUUAACCAAUUUAGUCAGGCCUGUCGUUUUACUGAAAUGAUUGUGGAUUACUGCUACCGUGUAUAUUUAAAUGUUACCAUGGCAUGUGCUGCUCACAGUAGUCAUGCUGUGCUCCACAAGACACCCAUGCAACCUAAGUUUGUAAGUCGUCUGUUAAACGGUGGAUUCAGAGAGCUGCAGUGAUGUUGCCAUCCAGAAGUAACUGCCACAUCCGCCAUCUUAUGUGCUCCACACACCCGUCUGCACUCUUGCAACAGCAGUUUUUUUUCCUUUCAUUCCAAAGUGCAAUGUGGAUUCCAUGGCAGAUGCCAUCACAAUAUAUGGGCAUAAAUGAUGAUAAAAAUUUAAAAUAAUAAUGAUUUAAACUGCAAGUCAGUGAAAGUGGUGGAUAUUCCUUACACUUUACAAAAACUAAAACAAAUAUCUGGACUGAGUCUGUUUAUGUGACUCCAGUUAUACCGAAUAUAAUCCAAAGAGCAACAAGCCAGUCGUAAAUACUUGGAUGCAAAGAUGCAAUGGAGUGCAACUAAAAUACGGUUUUUCUACCCUCAAAGAUUUUGACAAUGCAGAAGGAAGUUUAUUUCAUCAAAGCAAAUUUCUGGCUUUAUUCACUUGACAUUUGUUGAAUAACAUUAACACAACACCCUAGAGUUUGGAGGGUCUUGUUUCAAGAGUUCGAGGUGUGUCGAUAGUGCAGUGCUCCAAGGUUACCAUUUAAGUACACUUUUAAAAUUUCUGUCAUCAUCCUCCUCAUUCUCCCAUUAUGUUUAAGGCCUUGACCCCAAAUUUAAAAUUUACAAACUGUGCUCUAGCAGUGUGCCUGGAUGAAGAUUUUGUUUUAUGAAUUUCAAGAAAAGCAAUUUGACAUUCAUCAAGCUCGGGACUUUACAACAAAGAGCAUUUCAGGAGUGUAAAUGUGUGCGUAAGGUGCCAUCUAUUUUUAUAAAAUGUAUAUAAAUAUUUGUAUGACUGGGGCAUUUGAAAAUUUGGUACACUGUAUCAAGGGGUGAAAAUGCCAUGAAGCAAGUAAUAAACGUGUGCUAUUCCUUUC